AUGAAUGAUCUGUUUUUCGUCAGACUUCGAAGCAAAAGUGAGCGAUCAUCACCAACAAGAAAAGGCGCGAAGAAUAAGAAAAAUGUUCGAUUCUUGGAUUAUGUUGAUCUUGAACAAACUCAAUACCAUCAGUUCGGUGAAUCUUCUGGAGAAUGUAACGUGGUUUACGAUGAAAGGCAAACAUCUACCUGUGAAGUCUACAAUCCACGUCCGUCCUCUUUCGUCUUCAGCUUUUUUUUUUGGUUGCCGACCGAAGACGAACUGCGUUGGCUGAUCUCAUCGCAAUGUGUUCAUUUAGAGAGUAUCCGUUGGUUUGGACGUGCGAUUACAGGAGUUGUUCGAGUUUCGAAUAUUGAAUUUGAAAAAAAGGUUGAAAUAAAAUACACCUACGAUGACUGGGCUACUUCGAACAUCACAACUGGUUCUUAUUCCGGAUCGCCUUGCAAAAAUCAAGAUCAAUUUUCAUUCUGCAUAUUCUUGCCUUAUUUGUGUCUAGAUAUGCGGGUAUGCUUUUGUAUUCGUUAUGAAUGCGCCGGUUCGGUGUUCUGGGACAGCAAUGGUGGUACCAAUUACAAGUUCAUUUGUCGAUCGGCCAACCUCAAUAGGAAUCCAUUUUUCCUGACUGACUGCUCAAUAUUCUUUUGA